CGCGACCGGGGCGGGGGUCACGGAGAGCCCGCGGGCCUAGCGAUGGCGGCGUCGGUGGCGAGGUCCGCGCUGGCGGCGCGGGCGGGCGUGGGCCGGCACGUGGCGUUCGUGCGGAGGAUUCCCUGGACCGCGGCCGCCAAUGAGUUGAGAGAACACUUUGCACAGUUUGGUCAUGUACGAAAGUGCACCCUGCCUUUCGAUAAAGAGACUGGCUUUCACAGAGGUAUGGCCUGGGUUCAGUUUUCUACAGAAGAAGAACUUCAUAAUGCACUGCAACAGGAAAAUCAUAUUAUCGAUGGAGUAAAGCUCCAUGUUCAAGUUCGAAGACCAAAAAACUUACAAGCGGAUCAAACAACCGAUGAAGAGAAAGAUUUUUGAGACUGUAACUGUAUAUUAAAUAAUG